AUGCGCGCCUAUUACUUCGAUGACCUUCCUGGCGACCAGCGUGCCCCACAUGAUAGUGGAAAGCCUGUCGAUCCUGCCGUCCUCGACAAGAUCGGAGUCCUCCGCUGGCAGAUCCCCGUCUCCACCAACGGUCAGUAUCCGGAAAUCGAUGCUGUCGCGAGAGAACGGGACUACAAGAACAGAGACGUCAUCACCAUUACGAAGGAGGGCCUAGGCGAGCUGUACGAGAGCAAGAUCAAGAUGUUCUACGAAGAACAUAUGCAUGAAGACGAGGAAAUCAGGUACACCCUAGAGGGAAGCGGCUACUUCGAUGUACGGGAACACCCAUCCGACUCCUGGAUCCGAAUUGCAGUUAGCGCCGGGGAUUUGAUAGUCCUUCCAGCUGGCAUCUACCACCGUUUCACACUCGAUCGACGCAAUAUGAUCAAGGCCAUGAGGCUGUUCAAGGAUGAGCCAAAGUGGACUCCUUACAACAGGGAUGCAGAAACGGAUGCCAAUCCUCACAGGCAGCAGUAUCUCAAGACCAUCGCUGUCAACUAA